UUUAAGUCUGUAACGCUGACGGCUCACUCGUGCUAAAGGUAGUGCGUUACCCUCAACGAAACAAAGUGCGACGUGUCAGUAUAUUGGCGGCCUUAACACGCAUGGGACACACAACUUGCCAACUUUGCAGUUUAAGCACUGACCGCUAGAUGGCAGCACUGUCUACUGUAUAAAACCCAGGAGUACAAGGAAACCGGAAAUACAUUAACGUCUGAAACUCUUGUUACCAGAGAGGAAUCUAUACGCGUUAUACAAUCUGCUUCGCUGUAUAAAGUCCACAGUCACACGUCGUGGUUGAGCCUGAAGCAGACCCCGAAACGUUGUUCCUGUCCAGGACAUUUGAACGAUAAAGUUUAAAUUUGAACCGGGUUUUGCUGCUACGAUGAUGGCGGCUGAUCGGACGGUGCCCGCAGUGCCCCCUUCACUGUCUGCUAAAGUGGUUGGGUCAUUUGCCUAUUUGACGGUGAGAGAUAGACUGCCCACCAUCCUGACUAAAGUUAUCGAUACAAUACAUCGCAACAAAAACAAGUUUUUUGAGGAAUAUGGGGAGGAAGGUAUCCGGGCAGAGAAACAAACGAUAGCUCUGCUGUCUAAGAUGAGAAAUGAGCUGCUAACGGAUAAGCCGGUUCUUGAACUAGCAGACGAACUGCAAGACACUCAGAGCUGGAAUCUGUACCUGCAGAGACAACAGGACCUGCAAGGAGACCAGGAUUCCGUCAGCUGGUUCAAGUCUCCAUGGCUCUAUGUGGAGUGCUACAUGUAUCGCAGAGUACAGGAGGCCCUCUGGCUCAAUCCUCCCAUCAGUGACUAUGACAUCUUUAAUGAGGGAAAGACUCAGAGCUUUUUUGAGUCUCAGCAGGCUAUGAUGACCUUAUGUACAUACUCGGAGGGCGUCAACAAGAAUAUUGAGGAACUCUCCAGGAAUCAGCUGCUUGAACAUUUUAACAAACUGCUACAGGUUUCUCUAUGGGGGAACAAGUGUGAUCUGUCAAUCUCUGCUGGCCAAGACAACUCACAAAAGACCAGUCCAAUAGAUUCCCUGAACAGCCUGCAACCCUUCAUCUUGGUGAAUGACUCCAACAUGGUUUGGGCUGCUCUUAUUGCAGCUCAGAGGCCAGGACAAACCGAGAAAACCACCGCAGUCAGAGUGGACAUCGUUCUAGACAAUUCUGGCUUUGAGUUGUUCACUGAUUUGGUCUUGGCAGAUUUCCUGGUUUCCUCCCGCCUUGCACGUGAGGUCCAUUUCCAUGGCAAAUGCUUCCCAUGGUUCGUCUCUGAUGUCACAGCUAACGAUUUUCAGUGGACCAUCCAGCAGACCGUGGCGGCCAAUCACAAGUGGAUGUCAAAGAGUGGUGUCCAGUGGAAGAGCCACCUGAAGGAGGGCGUGUGGUCCUAUCAUGAUCAUCCUUUCUGGACACAGCCCCAUGAGUUUUGUGACAUGGAAGCGGAUGCACCUGAUCUGUACGCGACCCUGCAGGGGGCAGACCUGGUGCUGUUUAAAGGAGAUCUCAACUACAGAAAGCUGACGGGGGACAGGGAGUGGGCUCACACAGUGGGCUUCAAUACUGCACUACGAGGUUUUGCGCCCGCACCACUGUGCAGCCUGAGGACUCUGAAGGCCAACGUUCAGGUCGGCCUGCAGCCGGGCCAAGGGGAAACGCUCAGCUCCCAAGAUCCUGAUUGGAUGACCAGCGGCAAAUACGCUGUCAUUCAGUUCUCCAGCUCCGAGUCAGAUCGGAAAGACUGACCUCAGAAUCUCACUGGGAAGACGUGGAGUCAUAAGAACAUUACAGUAAGAAAUACCAUAAGAAGGCGUUCCCUGUUAAGCCAUAAGACCAUGUCUUUGAUCCUCGUUGUCAGUUGGCACUGCAUCAUGAAAUGUACAGUAACAGACAUAUUUGAGUUAUUUUCACAAUCUAUUUGCACCGUGUCAUACUUAAAAUGUUAGCACUUUAGAUCUUACUGUUUCCCCAGGAUUUAAACAAUUGUUUACGGUGACAAAGUUAUCCUCUGAGGGAAAUGGCUAAUAUGAUGAUGAUUUUAUAUCAAAUAGCUCAUGUGUUGUGCAUAAUGUUUACAAGUUAUGUAGAUGCUAUUAACAAUUUUUGAGUUGGAAUUGGGCUUUACUAAUCUCUGUCCUAGAGCAGAAAUAUUUUUCUUUUUGCAUGCAGUUGAGGAGAGUAAUGAUUAACGCAAUAUAGCUUUUUGUUUAACUGCUCAGGUUGUUUUCUUCUUGCAUUCGGUGUCAUUGAUAUAUAUAUAUGUGUAUCAAAACAUGCUCACUGCCAUUUACAUUCUGCUAAAGUGGAUCAUAACAUUGUUUGAUAACCUUUUUGCUCAGUUAGAAAGAUGGUGGACUGUUAUUGGGGCGGUGUAACGGUGACGAUGUGCGCUUGUUUUGUUUAACAUGGCAACCCAGACCUUCACAGAUGAUGUGAAGUCAUCUAAAUGUUCCACGUCAGUUCCUCCAGGUGAUGUUAAAUGGAUUCUUCUGCUGGGUGAAAUAAUAUAAUAUCCAUUAAUGGGUUUGAUUUAAUAAAGAAUUGCAGAACUGUU